AUGGCAGAAUAUCCUGACCUCUACGAAGAUAAAACAUCUUUUGUAAGAUGGCAACACUCUUCACAUGCUACAUUUAAUACACUGAAAAAAGAUAUAAAUGGUAAAAUAUUUUAUUAUCCGGAAAAAGAAAUAGAAUUACCACAGAAAGAAUGGAUUUGGUAUUUAAAAAAAAAUGAAGAAAAACAUUUUGAAUUAUAUUUGAAAUCUGUAGAAAAAGGAACUCUUGUCGCUUGUGUGGAUAAAGAUUAUCAAAAAGCAUUUAAAUGGAAAGCUGUGGAAUGUUGCGAUAUUAGUGGUCAAUACGAGGUUAGAAAAUGCUUUUAUGAAGGAUGGGUAACCGAAAAAGACAUUAUAGAUGCUGUCUACUGGCCAAUUAAAACAAAAAGAAAAUGGCAUAACAAUGUUAAUAUAAAUAAUUUAAGAAUGGAUAGUUUUCAAGAGAUAGUAGAAGAUGGAUUUGAACUAUCUCCAUAUUUUGCUACGGAAAAUGGGAAAUUUUUGUCAACGUGA